GGCCAUUACUAAUAGAGCCUUGUAAACAAUCGUUAAUCAUGUAAGUGCUGCCGGCCAUUGGAUUCGGACCGGGAGCCGGCAGCGCGGAGCACAGUGCGGGGCCGCGGCCCCUCCGCCUGCCCCCUCCCCGCCCCGGGCAGCCCGUCCCCAGGCAGCAGGCGGGCCGCGGCCAGAGCCCCGAGCAGCAUGCGGAGAACCGCCGCCGGGACCCCGACAGCAUGUACGUGAGCUACCUCCUGGAGAAGGACGGGCCCAUGUACCCCGGCCCGGUGCGACACUCGGGGGGGCUCAACCUGGCGGCGCAGAACUUCGUGGGCGCCCCGCAGUACGCCGACUACGGCGGCUACCAUGUGAACCUCGACAGCGCCCAGUCGCCCGGCCCGGCCUGGCCCUCGCCCUACGCCGCCCCCCUCCGCGACGACUGGGGCGCCUACGGCCAAGGGGCCCCGCCGCCCUCCGGCGCCGUCCAUGGCCUCAACGGCGGCUCCCCCGCCGCCGCCAUGGCCUACAGCCCCGCCGACUACCACCACCACCACCACCCCCCGCACGCCCACCACCACGCCGGCCCCGCGCCCCACUGCUCCGCCGGGGUCAUGCAGCCCCUCAACGCCGCCAACGCCGCCGCUGCCGCCGCCGCCCCCGAGCCCCUCUCCCCCGGCGGGCAGCGCCGCGGCCUCUGCGACUGGAUGAGGAAACCGGCGCAGCCCCCGCUCAGCAGCCAGGUUAAAACCAGGACGAAAGACAAGUACCGGGUGGUGUACACCGACCACCAGCGGCUGGAGCUGGAGAAGGAGUUUCACUACAGCCGCUACAUCACCAUCAGGAGGAAAGCGGAGCUGGCCUCCAACCUGGGGCUGUCGGAGAGGCAGGUGAAAAUCUGGUUCCAGAACAGGCGGGCGAAGGAGAGGAAGAUCAACAAGAAGAAGCUGCAGCAGGCGCAGCCGGGCGGCGCGGAGCAGCUCAGCCCCGGAGCCCCGCUGCAGGCUCCCGCGGCGGGGGCGGCCGCCGCCGGGCUGGGUCCCGCCGCCCCCCAGUGACAGCGGCCGGGGGGAUCACGGC